CCGAUUCAUUGCGGGAGUGUUGUUAUAGGGGUUUGUUUCUCCGGCAGUGCACAGGACAAGGAAUUGGAUAUUUAAGAGAUGGCAUCUCUUCGAUAAUCUUGGUUGAAUUCUUUAUCCUCAUCCUCAUCCUCAUCCCAUCGAUCAACCUGGUUCAUCCGAUCUAAUAGUCAUCCCAACAACCGUCUCUCUCUUGACAACCAAAACACACUCUACCACUUACAAAACCAUCUCAUCUAUAAUUUUAAUACCACACCAACCCACAACCGCCAUAAUGCAGUUCACCGUCGCAUCCGUCCUCUCCGUCCUGGCCGCCACGGCCGCCGCCCUCCCCGCCUCCAGCAACUCCAGCGCCAUCCCCGACGGCACCAAGUUCAACCUCUUGUCGCUGCGGUCGGCGUCGCCCGUGCACUUUGCCUACUUCCAGGCGGCGCACCGCGGCCUGCUGGUCAAGCUCCCGGAGCAGGGCGCCAACUGCACGGGCGGCAACGACAUCUCCAACAACCUGGCCACCUUUUACAUCAAGGACAAGGGCCUGUACCUGUACGGGCCCGACGGUUGCGAGACGCAGCAGAUCUUCACGGACCUGUCGGGCAUGGGCCAGGGCGUCAUCCAGUACACCACCGGCGACCAGGGCCUGCCGCGCAACGCCCAGCGCGGGCCCUUCACCAUCGACGCCGACGGCAACCUCCGCGUCGCCGACUUUGGCUUCGUCGCCUGCCCCAGCUUCAACCAGUCGUACAGCAUCCGCGCCGGUGGCGGCGGCAGCGACGACUGCCUCGGCAUCUCGGCCCGCGUCGUCCCCGCCGCCGACCCUGGUGCUUGCGUCUACAGCCAGGAGUAAACUGGCCGAGUGGGCGAGUUGACGGAAGGAUUUAAUGGGUUAUGUUUUGAUUGUUUCCCUUGCAUCAUGGCAUCUCGGAUCGUCAAAAAAUGCAUUUUAUGACUUAGCGAUUUAGAUUGGUCGGUUAUAGAGACCUUUUGUAUAUAAUAAUUGACGGAAUGAACAGUCAAUGUCUU